AUGUCUGUGUGCUGCUGUCAAAUACAGCUGAGGAAAAGGAUUACACCAAUAUCCUGGCUUUCCUGGGUUCUGUGGUGCAGUGUGAUGCUGUCUCCUGCUUGGGGGUAUGUGAUAGUCAACUCGGUUUCGUGGUCAGUUACCAAUGAGGUGGAGGAAGAACUGGAUAGCUCCUCAAACGAGGAGGCUCUCCCUGCGCUUCUGGAAGACACGACUAGCAUCUGGAAGCAGAGCUACCCAGCCUCUGUUUACAAGGAAGAUGGGGAAAUGAGGUCAAGGCCAGUGGCUGGGAGAUCCAAGCAAAUCUCUUCUCCUUCUAGGAUGUUUUCCUACAGGAGAGAGAGUGUCAAAGGAACAGACAGCAUUACUCCUCAGGAGCAGGCAAUCAGAACUGCCCGUUUCCUGACCCAUUAUAACAGCUGGGGCUUCUUGGCUACCGAGUCCACCCAGGAAAAGAUCCAAGGUGUACCAUUUGGGAAUUGUUUACUAGUCAGUGAUGGGCCCAUCAGUAACAGCACUGGAAUACCUUUCUUUUAUGUGACUCCAAAGGACAACACUGUGAUAGAUCUCAUGAAGAACUCUGUGGCUUCGCUGACAUUGCCAGAGGCAGAAGGAGAAUUCUGCAGAAAAAAUAUAAUUGAUCCUGAGGAUCCACGGUGUGCCAGACUGACUCUCACAGGACAGAUGGUCAUGGUACCACCAGAGGAAAUGGAAUUUGCCAAACAAGCAAUGUUUUCUAGGCACCCAGUUAUGAGGAAGUGGCCUCGUAACUAUGAAUGGUUCUUUAUGAAAAUGAACAUUGAAUACAUCUGGCUUCAGAACUGGUAUGGAGGAGUUUCCACCAUUGCAGUGGAAGAGUAUUUCAAAGCAGUUCCAAGUAAAGAGUGAUUGGGUUUGAAAUAUAAAUCUUCAGUUUUCAUAUUUUCUUUCCAAAAACUUUUCCCAACACCAUGUUGUUGGAUGGGUAUUUUACAGUGAUUUUUUUCAAAAGCAUUCAGAAUGGCCCCAUCUUUUUUACUUGGAUCAAAUGCUAAUAAACCAAUAUGGAUCUUUAUAUUAAAAAUAAUAUGUGGAUGGUAAAUCCUACACUGAAACACACAAUCUUGGCAUUUCAGAUAGGAUCUAUACUUCCUGAAUGCUACUUAAAAAUGUUUUGGAUCUGCCUGUUUUGAUUUUAGUGUCAUCCACCCAUGUGACACUUAUAAUAUAUGCUAAAUAUGGCAUUCUGAUUUACAGAAAAACUAAUUACCCAUAAAUGACUGCUGUACAUUGUGGAAGUAUUAUUGCUACUUGCUAUUUUGUUUUGUAGGUGUUCUAAGCAAAUAUCCCUAGCUGCAACUAUAAAAAGAUGUUUUAAGUUUG